AUGCAACUAGAUCCGGAAUUGACACUCGAGAAGGCUACAAAUCUGGCUCGACAGUCAGAAGCUGUCAAGAAACAGCAAGUUGCUCUCCACAAGUCCCCAGAAGAAAACGUUGACAGAAUCUUCAGAAAAGAUGCAAGUCAACAGGGAGGAAAGGAAAGAAAUGGGGAAAAGAAAAGUUCUCGAUCGAGUUUACCAACAUCCGAGAAAGUCUGUUCAAGAUGUGGCAAUGAACGACAUAAAACGAACAAGUGCCCUGCGAUAAAAGCAACAUGCAACAAAUGCAGAAGACAGGGGCACUACGCACGGGUUUGCAGAAGCUCUACCACCCUGAGGGAGGUAACAACGUCUGAGACGGCAUUUCUUGGCACCGUGUUCACGUCAGAGGGACAGCGAUGGAUAGUCCAGGUUGACGUCCGAGAAGUCUCCAUAACAUUCAAAGUCGACACGGGGGCCGACGUCACCGUUAUUCCUGAGAAGAUGUACAAAGAACUCUUCAAGGAUGUCUCUCUACAGAAUCCCAAGAAAGUCCUCAAGGGUCCAAGUAAGAAAUCCUUGACAGUUCUUGGUGUCAUGAACGAGACCCUUUACUACAGGGGCAAAACAUUCAUGACCGACAUCUACAUCACGAAACGGACACUUUCGUUUUUUGAGACCUUGUUGCUUUUGUCGGGUGACGUGGAGCUAAACCCCGGUCCCAUGACUAAGGCACAGAUUGAACAGCUUGGGAAAAUUGAGACCAUUUUGUUGGAAUUGCAAUCUGGUCAAAUGACUGUUUUGGGAAAGUUAGCUGGUAUUGAGGCAAAACAAGCUGAUCUUGAGAGGAAGUUUGAUACCAUAAGCUUGAAAACUAAUGAUAUUGAAAAACGUGUUUUGCAGAUUGAAGGAAGUGGCAGGAAAUUAGAAGCAAAAUUAGAUGAUCUUGAAAACAGAAGCAGGAGGACAAAUUUGGUAUUUUUCGGAGUUCCCGACAACUCUCGCAGUGAAACGUGGGAAGAAUCGGAAAGGCUGAUCACAAAAAUCUGCAAAGACGUGUUAUCGCUCGAUGUUUUAAUUGAAAGAGCCCACCGAUUGGGGAAACACAAAGAUGGGAAAAACAGACCAAUUGUAGUCAACUUCCCGGGUUGGGAGGUCAAAGAGUCUGUUUUGCGAAGUGCUUUUAAAUUCAAGAAUACUUCAUUCAGUGUCUCCGAGGAUUUUAGUCUUGCAGUCCAAGAAAAGAGGCGUCAACUUUGGAAUUAUGCGAAGGAGAAAAGGCAGAACAGAGAGAACAAGGUUCAUUUAAACCACGAUAAACUGGUUAUCAAUGAACAGACGUUUAUCUGGGACAGCGAAACGAGACAACCUGUUUUAUAUCGGGCGCCUGGCCAACCAAGAGAACACGAAUGA